AACCGCAGUUGUACGUCUCGGAGCAGCAAGGUCAAUGUAUGAUUUAUUGCAAUGCGGGAGAUUAUGCGUUAUUUUUGGAUCGUUUGAAGCCAAGGGAGUCAAGGCUUAUCUCUGAGAGCCAAACCCACCUGCUAUGGUCUGUGUGAGAUGGAGUUGGUGGGACCCUAUAAAAGCCCACAACAAGAGGCCUGGUGGCUGACACUGACUCAUUGGCGUCCAGAAAAAGGACUUGACCAGCAGGAGCAGCAGAGAGCAGCUGACCAUGGCACACUCCUGGGGAUAUGGUCCUGACAAUGGACCUGACACUUGGCAUCAUUCCUUCCCUAUCGCUGAGGAUGAUCACCAGUCCCCUAUUAACAUUGUUACAAGUGAAGCCAAACAUGACCCAUCACUUCCUCCGUUGAUCAUAAGCUAUGAUCCAUCAACUGCCAAACUCAUCUUAAAUAAUGGCCAUGCCUUCAACGUGGAGUUCGAGGAUUCGGAUGACAGAUCAGUGCUGAAGGGUGGGGCUCUGGAAGGCACCUACAGAUUGAAACAAUUCCACUUUCACUGGGGAUCCUGCGAUGGGCACGGCUCCGAACACACCGUGGAUGGAGUGAAAUCUGAGGCCGAGCUCCAUCUGGUCCAUUGGAAUACUAAGUAUGACACUUUUGGUGAAGCCGUAAAGCACUGCGAUGGUCUUGCAGUAGUAGGUGUUUUUCUAAAGGUAGGAGAGGCCAGGCCACAGUUUCAGGCAGUGAUUGACGCCUUAAAAUUAAUUCCAACAAAGGGAAAACAGGCUCCCUUCCACAACUUUGAUCCUUCAGGGUUGCUUCCAAAAUCUCGGGACUUUUGGACCUAUAAGGGAUCUCUGACAACUCCACCACUACUGGAGUGCGUAGUCUGGAACGUCCUAAAAGAGCCAAUUACUGUGAGCAGUGAACAGCUGUCAGGGCUCCGAGGCCUUUUCUUCAACGAUGAGCAAGACAGUCCCUGCCACAUGGUUGACAACUAUCGCCCACCACAACCACUGAAGGGUCGUACUGUUCGAGCAUCGUUCCAUUAGAAGGAGAACCGCCCAUCCGUGCUGCGAAUCUGUUCGCUAAUGUUUAAUUAUCUUUCACUGUGUGCAAACUGAAAGCCUUUUUUUUCUCUAUGCUAAAUUUCUAAUACCCUGGCAAGUAUUAGGAUCUGAUUAAUGAAAUGUGAAAAUCGACUGACAUAGGCAAAUCAUUUAUAAUGUGAGAUGCUGCUUAGAGCUAGCUUCAGCUUAUUUCCUUCCAAACAAUGCUGCACUUACUAUGGGAGAAGGGAACAUGUUCCCUGUAGAUUCUUCUAGAAUUAUGUCUUAACAAAACGCAGAUAAAAACUUGAAUGAAAUACGUACAUACACUGCUAUGUAUUUUAUAAUGUGAACUAAUGUGUGUUUCAAAUAUUACCUAUUCCAGAGGAAGAAAUAUUAAUUUUAAUGAGUGUAAAUAUUUUAAAUAUAUAUAUAGAUAUAUAUAUAUAUAUAUGACAGAUAUAUAUAUAAAAGAGUCUUAUUGGUGCUUGUUUUGCACAGUCUUACAUUUCCAAACUGAAUUUAAUGAAACAGGAAAUUAUCAUUGUAUUUUGGAUACCAUAAUAAAUACUAUAACU